AUGGCCGACAAGGUUAAGGAACUCGUUAACAACAUCACCAAGGGCAAGGACUCCGAGAAGGAGAAGGAGUUCAGCGUCCAGCCCAUCAAGGAGGGCGGUGUCGACCCCAAGUUCGCUGCCCACCAGGCGCACCCCGGCCCCGCCGUGCCCAAGGACUUCAACGCCCAGGAGGAGGGCACCAAGGAGGAGCGUAGAGCCAAGGCUGAGGCUCUCAACAAAUAG